UUCACUUGCGGUUCGUCGACGAGUGGUCGCGUUGUGUUUUUCUCAUGUUGUAAUAGAAAAAAAAAACAUUCCAGAAGGGAAAGGUGGACCUUUGAGCAAAAAUAAAAGUGAGGAAAAAUUAGACUCGUUGUUGAAUGCGAGGGUGGAGAAAAAAACGAUACAUGUAAAUAUUUAAAUCGCAAGGAAUACAGCGAAAUUAGGGUGGUUCUUGGAAGAAAAAUCCGUGAUUACAAGCAAACAACAGUUUAAAAUCUGUCUCUUUCUACACACCCACACCAGCCACGGGCAUACCAAGGAUGAUGCUGUGAUUGGUGAUCGAGUCCAUCUUAGCUUGCAGAUAGAAGAUUUUUUUUUCGGAUUCCAAUCGUUCGCCGACUCCGUGGACGGCUUGCCCUCCGGACGGGUUCUGCGCGUUUGAGUGUGAUGAGUGGAAUCCGCAUCGGUUUUAUGUAUGUAAGUGCUAUAAUAAACGACCUGCUGGAAAAGCAAUCCGAAGCGUAAAUAACGAGAAUUAAGAGAUGAAAAAGACACCGGUUCAGGUGGGAAAAGAGUGUGCUUCUGCCGUGUUUUCCUGCGCUCGUCGUGUGCUGCGGUGAAAAAUUACUGGAAUCCGGAGGUCAACUUAGUGCUACAGUAAGUGCGCGCGGCACAGUGAAAUAUUUGAAACCUGUUUGAUAAAGUUGUGGAAAAAUUUACUAGUGACGGUGAAAGUUAUUAAGAAGAAUAAUAGUGCAGUGGGGGAAUAUGUUUUAAAAUAAUAUCCAAAGUGAAAGGAGUGUUUAAGCAUUAGAGAAAAAUAUAGUGGAUUGUGUAAAAAAUAUCAACUAUUAUCAACACUUACACGAAAGGGAAGGGUAUGUGUGUAAGUCUCGUCCAUUUGCAGUCAGAACAUCGCUACUAGAAGAAUACAACGUAUCAAAAAGGUAUGAUGGCCGCGCAAACAGAUAUGAUCUCGUAAAGCAUCACUUGCCACCAAUCAGGCGUAGCACAGGACUUGUCAUCGCGUUUUACGGCUGCCCGCGUAUUCCGAACGCUUCGCCGCCACAAUAGCCGGAUCAUCAACGAAUCGUGGGGGGGGCGCCGCAUCAAAGAACAAGCAGCCAACAGUCCACAACAGCCAGCCCUGAAAAGAAAUAAUUAUCUAACAGGCAACUUUUUCAUUAGACACUGUCCGCGCCGAAACAAAGCAAUUUCCACAAGUGACAACCCUGCGGAGCAAUAAUGUAGCAAAGCUGGCACCGGCUGGUAUGCCAGAGCGGAAAUCACGGAAACACGAAGCGCACGUUUCCCGCUACCAUCGCACAAAAUCGGACUCGGGGGCAGAGCACUCAGCGAAACCGAGAAAUCGCACGCGGACGGCCCGAAAAAAGAAGAACGGGCAGAAACUGGAGCAUUACCGAUUACAUUUCACAUUAAUGCAGUUCCAUCUUCGGAGGCUGCAGCUGCCAUCGUCGUGUUGUUCGCCUCACGAAAUCCUCCAAACGUAAUAAAAAACGAGCCAUCGAAAUUUGAAGCACUGCGUAAUUAUCCGGACUUUGGGAAGCCAUCGCUUGCUAGCUAGCUAGCUAGCUGGCGCAAUAAUCAGCAGCUGCAGUGGUGCAACAUUAUCCGCAACGACGUCAACCACCCUACAGGGGGGCGCAGGGCGAACGGGGGGAUCCCACCAAGUGCGGGUGGUGGUGGUGGCAGACGAAAAUGAUGAAGCCAUCGGCCGGCACUCGUCGUAGUCCCGGUCUUCGACAGCACAUUGUACACGUUUUGGGCGAACUCCAGCAUCAGCUGCAGCAGAUAACCAUUCAGCGGUACGAAAUAAGAUGGAAGUGCUGCAGAAGUGCAUAAAAAACAGCCAGUUGCAAAUGAAUCGGAAGCAGAUCGACACCGUCGGCUGUAGAUACUCGAGCGAAACGUGGUGAAAGCAGUGCGGCAAAGAUAAGAACGAGUAUUGCACAGAGUGAAACGUGCUAAGUGAAAAUCAAAAUCAAGUGGGGAAAAGUUUUACACUGUUAACUUUAUUCCGCCGUUUUGAGUUUUUUGUUCAAUUAAGCAAACCAUCUGUAUGCUUUAGUUGCAAAAGGGAUCAUUUACGGCAGGCUUCUUACAUACAGUGAUUCAGGCAGGCAGCGAUUGGACCAAACUCAAUUAGCAGCAGAUAGCAGUUUAAGUUUUGGUGCAGAUUUUCAUUCGAGGAUUAGAAGCAGCAGCAGCAGCUUUCAGUGAACGGCUACUCUGGAAAAAUUUACUGACGAUCCAUCGGGGAGAAACGAACGAAUUUAAUAACCCGCUGAACGCUGAAAGCAAUUAAAGUUCAUAAGCGAAAACAUCAUAAAGUUAUAAGCGCGAAAACAACAUCCUGCUGCCCUCGAACGAAAGUCUCGCUCUAGCAGUAACAACAACAGCAGCAGCAGCAGCACAAACUUCACCAUUUGUGUAGAGGGUUGGGGCGGUUAAACUCGAAAAAAAAACAAACUUUGGUGGGCGAGGCACAAAGUGAGAAAAAAAACAGAAAACGCGCCGACACAAUCGAAUAAAAUAUGAAACUUGUGUCAACGUUGUCGCGAAAACUUCACCGCACCACCACCACCACUGCUGGCAGUAACAUCGGGACGAAGAAAGUGAAAGUUCUGAAACUCGUAAAACCGUGAAUUUGUGCUUCGCGUGUCAUAGGAUUUUAAUUUAAUCGUUUUCAUAUUACACUCCCAUAUUUCGUGACGGUAACGGUUUAUGUGGCAAUUUUUCGCAACUCGUUUCCUACGAUGAGCUGUUCCGCACUUCAGGCACACGCGCACGAUCGGAGUGAAACCGUGAAAUGAGUUAAAAUAUUAGGAAUAUAAAAGAAGUGCUUCUUACUGUGGUGCUAUAGCAGGUCGGGAAAGGUGCGAGAUAGUGUAGCUUGAAACGUGUUUAGGCUCAAUCGAAAUCAGCAGGCUUCCAGUAGGGUGGGCAGGUGUGCGAAAAGGUCAACCGGAGAUAAUUACAGCGAAACCGGAACGAGGCAGCCGAAGCAGACGCAGGCGGAGUAAAAAAACAACACGUAAAGUUACUAUAAUUUUAACCACCCCUUCAUAAGAAUAUUAUGCCAAAGUGUUGGAAAAGUAAACCGACGGGCUAUGUUUGUGAUGCUGUCAGUUCGCACAACAGCCACCGUUCGUGAACGGCCAGCCGAGACGGUCAAGAAGGCAAUCAGCAUAAAUCAGUUCAUCAGAAGCAUCAACAACCGGAAGGCGAAAAAGAACCAACAAGAGCAGAGCUUGAACAACGCGAAACCGAUCGGCCAGAGCGACAAGAAGAGUAACAACAACAACAGCGGCGGCGAUAGCGACAGCAACAGUAGCAGCGACCAGAAGAAUCUCCGAAGGGACAAGAAUAGCUACCAGAAACCAACGGAAAAGAUCGAUAAAACGUCGAUCCAGAUUAUUGCACCACCCACUACGACGACUACGACCCACAGUCCGGGCCGGCUGGUACAGAUUUCGGAGGAGGAGGAGAAAAAGAAGAAGAAAGACCCCGUCGUACCGGUGUGUGGUGUUCCGAUCGCGGCUGCUACCAACUCGGUUGCGUCGGCGGAGAAGCAGGAUCCUCAGAACGUGACCCAGGACAGCCAGGAUCAGGAGCCGAAGGCGAAGUUUCUGCUGCCGGAGCUGAACAACUUCCGGAAGCCACCGACUGUUCAGGUACCCGUGGCAACCAUACUCAACGAUCUCAGUCCCGUGCCUGCGCCAGCAAAAGUCACAAAUAAAAUCUCCAACUCGAACCCUAUGAGUCCUAUGAACCCCGCCGGGCUACAAAGUAACUCGCCGGACGUUAAGGCCAUGCGGUACUACAGAUUGUGGAUCUACACAUGCAACGCUGUGCUCUUGAUGGCGGUAAUUGUAUUCUGUGGCGUUGCGGGUAAAAUUUUACUCUCCGACUACAGGCGCUUGCUGGUAACUGGGCUGAGUCUGACGCAGCCGAGCUUCAUCUACGCGUACCUAGCGUUGCUGGUGCAAUCAGGUUUCUUACAACUGAUAGGGUGUCUUGGUGCCUUACGACUAUCGGAGAAAUUAUUAAACGCUUACUGGUUGCUUUUACUCGUAUUGUUAAUAGGGGACGCGAUGUUAGGCAUAUUUUGGAUGUUCAAAUUCGACCGGGUGAUGAACGACCUGCAGCCGAUGUUGAGAAGUCGCCUAGCCCAUGAGUAUGGAAAUUCAAUCGAAUUAACAGAUCUCUGGGAUCGGCUGCAAAACGAAGGACGAUGCUGUGGCGUAGCAGGACCACAAGACUUUCCGAUACACGUGAACCGGACCUAUCCGGAUUCCUGUUGCGCCUCGGACGUCACCGAGCAGAUCAGCAUAUCGCGGAGGCCCCUGGCAUCGGCGGUGGUAUUCCGCGGUGACGAUCUGGAUCUGGACCUGGCGGCCGCUGGUCACAACUUUAGCGAUAUCAGCGAUGCGUGGAGUCUUAUUACGGCUCCGAGUAGCAGUAGCAGUAGUAUUAGCGGUAGCGGCAGUGGUAGUAUAAGUUCCAGCAGCAGCAGUAGCAGUAGUAGCGCGAGUAGCGGUGGUAGUUUCAGCAUUCGCAGCAGCGUCGUCAGUGGUGUCGCAGGAGGCGGAGGCGGUGAUAGUGGUAGCGUCAGAACGAUCACGGCAUGCCGGGCAGUUUAUCCGCAGGGUUGCGCCGACCGGAUUGUGUCAUGGUUGCGGCACACGGCAGACGUGCUGUUUGUGCUUGGCUACUGUGUGAUAGCGUUUCUGAAGCUCUGCUUCCUUGGCAUUCUCCGGUACGAGAUCAAGGAAAUGAUUCAGAAAAUAAAACUACUCCAAACGGAAAUGGCCGGAGCGAUCCUAAACGGAGUGGACUGCGACCAGCAGCAGAUACAACAGUUUACCCUGUUACAGCAGGUAACGAGUACAUCGAUCAACGGUGGAAUUCAUGCCGAACCGAAGGUCGGCAAUCGGGAUCGGGAGCGGACGCGGCUGGAGGCCGCCGAAAGUGAACGGGAAUCCUUGCUGAAUAUUCCGCAUCAGCUGCAGCAGCAGCAGCAGCAACAACAAUCGGAGCCUGCUCCGAAACUGCUGAAGCACCGGCAGUUGUACACCUGCGUCAACGAGCAGCAUCUGUACAGUGGGAGUGGUGGUGGAGGUGGGGGUGGUGCUGGGGGUCCCGGUGCUGCUGUAGGUGGCUGCGAGUCCGAUACGAACUCGAACUGCGCGCUGCUAGUCGAGGAGAACAAUGCUUCGUUGCUGUCUUCCACGGCGGGUGCGAACAAGACAAUAAACGGCAACAACAACUACGAGCUGAGCGAGUUCGACAGCAAGGCGACCGCCUACAGGCUCCUCAACGCACCAACGGUAACUAGAAUCUGACUACGGUAUUACCUGGAGCAACUGUUUGGCGAUCGCUGGCGGAAAGCGAGACCGAACACGCGAAACCGCACACAAGUUGACCCUAGCGACGCCGGGGGCAG